UAUCAAAAAAGAAAAAGAAAAAGAAAAAGGACGUUAAGUCAAAGAUUUCACACAGACAAAAUAUUACCUACCUAUCUGCCCGUUACACAAUUAGGACAAUCUUAGGUGCAUUCAUAAUAGCUGUUUCACAAAUAUACACUCUUCCAUCCUUAGCAUGUAUACUUUCUCCCUCAAUUUGCUCAUCUUUUAUCACAUCAAAAACAUCAUUCUUUUUGAGUAUUUGAUUCUUGAAAAUUCACAUCAAAUUUUUAUUUCUUCAAUUUUGAAUGGAAUUUUUCCAGAAAGACAAAUCCGUUAGGCUAAAAAGCAACCAUGACAAAUUCUUACAUGCUGAUCCUGAUCAAGAAUCUGUAUACCAAGGUCGCAGUGGAUCUUCAAGAACCGUUAAAUGGACUGUCGAAUUCCCCGAAGGAUUCGACAAUGUGAUCCGAUUGAAAAGUUGUUACGGAAAAUAUCUAACGGCCUUAGACGAACAACAUCUGUUCGGGGUAACGGGUCAAAAAGUUGUUCAAAGUUUGCCCAGUAAAUUGGAUUCAUUAGUUGAAUGGGAACCUAUAAAAGAAGGAUCCAUGGUGAAGCUGAAAACUAGAUAUGGGAAUUAUUUAAGGGCAAAUAGUGGAUUACCUCCUUGGAGGAAUUCAGUUACACAUGAUAUACCUCAUAGACAUCAAGAGUGGAUCUUAUGGGCAGUUGAUACUGUUGAGGUACUGCCAGAAUUGCCUGAUGGAAGCAUUUCACAAUCGGAAUCAGUGGGUGAUGGUGAUUUAAGUUCAUCUUUUCGUCUUACAACUGCUAAAUUUUCCAGGACUCAGUCCUCGAUGAAGUCUGAAGGUAGGCUAAUCUAUUAUCAUGUGGCGAAUGAAAAUGGAAAUGUGAAUGAUUCCGUGGAAGGGCCUUCUUUUCAGUUUAAAGGGCAUGGAUUAGAGGAACUGACUCAAAAGUUGGAAGAAGAAACAGGGCUAGAGAAGGUUAUUGUUUGUUCGCGGAACAAAUUUAAUGGGAAUUUAUAUCCUCUCCGUUUAGCAUUACCUCCAAACAAUGCAACUAUGCAAGUUGUUGUAGUACCUGCAUCGUCUAACGUGGCAAGAGAACUGAUGGCAGAUGUUCCCACGUCCAAAUGGUCGGUGUUGAAGACUCUAUCGUGAAACAUUAUGCCUGCCAAAUAGAUAGUAGAUUCAUAAUCUUCCCCCCAGAGCAGAGGCCGAUCCAGGAUUUGAAGUGUAUGGGUUCAUAUAACGACCUCAAGUUAAUAUAGUAACUAUGCAGAUUCCAGUUGAGAGCAUUAUUUAUUUGUUGAGAGUUUGACAAAUGCAACUCUCUUUGCACUUUGCCUGUAUAUUUUGGUUGCAUAUCAAGUUGAAAUAUCCACUUUUUUCUUGCA